AGUUAACCUCGCUCCUUUCGGAGGCCAACAGCCCAGCGACGAGCGCGACAAACCAAUCGCCGCUCGCACCACGACACACCCUUUCAAUGCCCGUCUCGUUUAUUUUUGAGACGAUCCUGGCGAGGUAGUGGCUAAUAAAAAAAAUACGUUUUACGUUUACCUCAUUGUCGACGUCGGCCAAUAAGAUUUUGAUGUUCGUCGGCCUAUAACCAAUUUAAAUUGCGACAGUAUGACAGAGCAGCAAAUGGAUUGUGCGCUAGACCUGAUGCGGAGACUGCCUCCGCAGCAAAUUGAGAAAAACCUCAGCGACCUGAUCGACUUGGUUCCUUCGCUGUGCGAGGAUCUACUGUCCUCCGUAGAUCAACCGCUGAAGAUUGCCAAGGACAAGGAGUCUGGCAAGGACUACCUGUUGUGCGACUACAAUAGGGACGGGGAUUCCUACAGAUCUCCCUGGAGCAACACUUACGAUCCGCCGCUGGAGGAUGGCUCGAUGCCUUCCGAGCGAUUGAGGAAACUCGAAAUAGACGCCAAUCAUGCCUUUGAUCAGUAUCGAGAGCUCUAUUUCGAAGGUGGAGUCUCGUCGGUGUACUUGUGGGACUUGGAUCACGGCUUUGCGGCGGUGAUUCUCAUCAAGAAGGCCGGCGACGGCUCCAAGAAGAUCAAGGGAUGCUGGGACUCGAUACACGUGGUCGAGGUGCAGGAGAAAUCGACCGGCCGCACCGCUCACUACAAACUCACAUCGACGGCCAUGCUGUGGCUGCAGACCAACAAGCAUGGCUCUGGUACAAUGAAUUUGGGUGGCAGUUUAACACGUCAGGUGGAGCAGGACGCGCAGAUCAGCGAAACGUCCCCUCAUAUCGCGAACAUCGGCAGAAUGGUGGAAGACAUGGAGAACAAGAUUCGUAACACGUUAAAUGAGAUCUACUUCGGCAAAACGAAGGACAUCGUGAAUGGGCUGCGGUCGGUGCAAUCUUUGGCCGACCAGAGACAACAGGCCGCGCUCAGGCAAGAUCUCGCGGCGGCGCUGCAGAGGCGAAACGCUAACAAUUGAUCUUGUGAAGAGCAGGAAAGUUUCGAUUACGAUUAUGAAUAGAUUUCAUGGUAUUUUUGGAUCCUUUCAUCUCGCUUGGGAUCUCUCGAUUUUCAUAGGCGUCUUUAUAUCUUUAGAAUCCGCGGGACUUUGGAUUCUUAAGAGUUUCUGAAUCUUUUGCGGCGGUCUUGCGAGUUUUUUCCCAUAUAGGUCGUAAAAUCUUGUUGGACUCUUUGGGAAUUUUAAAUGCCGUGACUUGAGCCUUUUCCAAGUCGGACCGUAUCUAUAGAGCUCAUAAAAUUCUACGAAUUAUUGUCUGCAUUAUCGGAGAUGACACUUAUUACUGUACUUUGUUGCCCUAAAGAGAUAUGAAUCAAUCACGGACGCGUUGAUUAAACCUAAACAGUAUGAAAUACUUUGUUUAAUUUAGAAUGAAAUAGAGUUUAUUGUAAAUAUGCGGGAAAGGUGCAACGCGUUUUAGAACGGUAAAUUAGGUAAAGAACAAUGUAAAAUGCAAAAGAGAGUGAAUUAUAAUAACAUAAUGCUUACUAUGUAAAAGCUAAAAAAAAUACAUUUAGUAAUUCUUUUGAUUUGUAUAAAGUUUUAUGAAUGAUUGCAAAACGGUAACGAAUUCAUAACAUUUUUGUAAUGUUUAAAAAGUAUUAAUGUUCCGCUUAUACUGUUUAGGGUUAAAUUUAAAAGCGCGAUAUUUAGCGCUGAAAACAAUACAACGGUUUGCGUAAAGUUGGGGAGGAAAUAUUGUAAGGAAAUUUUGUCCUCGCAAAUGGAAAUCUUUCAAAAGCUGCUCACAAAAAAUAAUUCAUUUAUAUUGAAAUUAUUUAGAUAGGAAAAAGUGAGACAAACUGAAAAUUAUAACAUUUGGAUAUUAAAGGAUAACCCGUCUACGCUAUUUAAAGUUAAAUUUGUGUCACAGCUAAUCCUUUCCGAGGGACAGUGUAAAACGACUUAUUUACGCAAAAGUCCAAAAGGAGCGGUUGCAUUUUGCAUUUGUUAAUGAUGAAUCCAUAUAUAAUGCGUAAAUAAAAGUUUUCAAAUUAAACUUUAUUCGUUUGUAUUAAAUUUCACGAGUACAAAAAUCUGCUGGUACCAUAGAUCCUCUAGAAAGCUGCAGAUCCCUAUUAUCGGAGUCUUUCUUACGCAAUUUAUUCCGUAUACAUUGUUCCGGCGUGCUCUAAUACGCAUGGAUCUUUGAUACUACAGAUCCUUGGACUGACAAGUUAUCAGGAUCUCGAAGGAUCGCCAGUACCACGAAUCUUGCACCUUGAAAGCAACAACUAAAUAUUCCUUUUACUCUCAUCCUCGAAACUCGUCGACACUCUUGAUACGUGAGGUGACAAACGAAUACCGAAGACUCCUGGUACCAUAAAUCCUUGAACCCUUGCUAAUGACUGCGCAAUCAUACAUAUUGAGAAUCUCGCAUAUUCUAUAUGAUCCAUGAGCGCACUAGAUUAUCUCUUGUAACGGAGACGCAAAAAAAAAAAAAUACCGCGUAGAAUUCGUAAG